GCUGUUCUUCACGGCGGGCCUCCAGAGCAGCGCGGUCUGCAUCCUCCCGGAAGACCCGCAGGAGGUCAAGCGGAGCUUCUUGACGCUCUUCGGCGGCGUUCCUAUCAAGGACCACUUGGACGCGUCGUGCCUCAUGCGCAGAGAUACGGACGCUCGCAUGCACGCGGCCAGGGUCAACUUCAAGCAGAACACCAAGUGCGAGGUCGGUGACGACAUCUUCGAUGGUCUAAGUGGCACGAAGGUGCCUCGCCUGAAGCAGUACAUGAAGCUUGUGACGAAGCACCAGGGCGACUGCUCGCAGGUCGUGUGCGCGGACUUGUCGCAAAAUCCACAGUCCCGGUGCGUGAUGAUGCCGUUUUUCCCUUCGGCUGCCACGAACGCCGAGCUGCUUGGGAUAGAUGGGCCAGCCGACAAGACGUGCCACGUGUUCACGCACUCCGAGCUUUCAUUCGCCCGCGGGUGGCCUGCCAUCGAGACCAGCGAGUCCGCCGCGCUGAAGGCUACCAUGGGCCUUGCAUUCGAGCCAGAGGGCAUGACCAUCAACCAGGCUCGGCGUCUCCACGGCAACGCGAUCCAUCUGCCGACGAUGUCAGCAUGGUACUGCUUCAUCAUGUCGCACACCAUCAGGCGCAACAUCGUGAUGGAGUUCAAGCCAGACGGAGGCGCGAACUGGCGCGUGCUCAUUGCUUCCGCUGUGGCUGCUCGCCGUGCUGAAGCUGCCGCUUCCGUCGCUGCUACUUUUGCGGAGGUCUUCGAGGAUCUUCCUGGCGACGGCGACGGCCCAGCGGCAUCUGGCGGCGCUAGCAGCAGCCGCGAUACUCUGGCUUUGGCUGCGCAGGCAGCGGCCGCGCCAAGGACCCCCAUCCAGGCCUUCAACUCCCACCACUCGGGGCAGCAGCGGCAGCGGAGCCCUAUACAGAGCCCUGAGCGAAUGAGCCAGCAGAGCGAUGCGAGCAUCCUGUCGGAGGCCACCCUGGGGUUUUAG